AUGACUCAAAUAAGAGAUUAUACAUCCCAACAAAAACGUCUUCUUGAACAAGUUUAUGAAAAUCAACGAAAAUAUCUCGGGAACAUGCGUGACCAAUUUGUUGAAACAAUUUUAAUCUAUGAACGGAAACGAGAUACUGAAGAAAUUAAUCGACUUCUCGAAAAAUGUAAAACUUUAGAAGUGGAAUUAGUUAAAUUAAACUAUCCUUCAAAAGACACACCAUUUAUUGAAAUUACACCAGUAGAAUCGUCAGAACGAAUGGAUCACGAAGAACUCAAUCAAGGUAAAACUGCAAAUGAAAACUCUGAAAAACCAUCCAUACAGAAGAAUGAAACUGGAUCUUUGCUGGGUAGAGGAGGCUCUGACGUUAACUCAUAUUCAAACCCAACGUAUGCAACUGUGAAUCAAAUAAAUCAAACGUCGACAAAUACGACCUAUCAUUCCACAAGUGAUAAUGAUUAUAAUAAUCCAAACGCAUUAGAUAUUGGUGAUGAUAAAUCGAACGAUAAAUGUCCAGUAUGUUACAUGAUAUUUCCAUCGACCAUGUCAACAGCUCUUCGAACAAUUCACGUGGACAAACAUUAUGAAGAUAAUUGA